ACCACUAUUUUAUGCUUUGGUCACACUGCUCGGCCCAUGUGCGAUAUAGUCAACAGAUUUUUUAAAAUAAACAAAAAUGGUUCGGAAACUUAAAUUUCACGAGCAGAAGCUGCUUAAAAAGGUAGACUUUAUCACCUGGAAGGUAGACAACAGCGCUAAGGAGAACAAGAUUCUUAGACGUUUUCACAUACAAAAAAGAGAGGACUACACCAAGUACAACAAGUUGUCCAGGGAGAUACGGGAACUUGCCGAAAAGAUUGCGAAGUUGGAACCCUCAGAGCCCUUCAAGGCGGAGGCCACUACCAUGCUGCUAAAUAAGUUGCACGCCAUGGGAGUUUCCAACGAUCAGCUAACUUUGCAAACGGCGGCCAAAAUAUCUGCCAGUCACUUCUGCCGGCGCCGCCUGCCAGUAAUCAUGGUUAAACUGCGUAUGUCAGAGCACCUGAAAGCCGCCACAGACCUCAUUGAACACGGGCACGUCCGUGUGGGUCCAGAAAUGAUCAAGGAUCCCGCCUUCUUAGUAUCCAGAAACCUCGAAGACUUCGUCACUUGGGUGGAUGGCUCCAAGAUCAAAGAGCAUGUUCUCCGCUACAAUGAUCUUCGCGAUGAUUUCCAGAUGUAGAUUAUAUUUUCAUUACCUCCUUUUGUAGAAUAAGAACACUACUUUAACUUUAAUUCAAUAAAACCAACAGCAAAUUUGUUAAAUAA